UUGCCCGUCAGCUGCACCGCUCACGUAAAUCGAGGCGUUCGGUGGUGCUACAAAAAAAAGAUGACAAGUACAACGACGACAAGGAGAAGAAGAGGCGAGAAUUUCUCGGUGGAUUGGGUGAUGGGCGGGACAGCUGCAAUGGUGGCGAAGACAGCGGCCGCACCAAUCGAGAGAGUAAAGCUGCUGUUGCAAAAUCAGGGGGAAUUGUUAAAAAGAGGGCGUCUUAAUACUCCUUAUCUUGGUAUUUCUGAUUGCUUCAAAAGGGUUUUUCGUGAAGAGGGUGUUCUCGCUUUUUGGAGGGGUAAUCAGGCUAAUGUCAUCCGUUAUUUCCCUACUCAGGCUUUCAACUUUGCAUUCAGAGGGUAUUUCAAGAGUCUAUUUGGACGUUCAAAGGAGAGAGAUGGUUACAUGAAAUGGUUUGCUGGAAAUGUAGCUUCUGGUAGUGCUGCUGGAGCAACUACUUCAUUGUUUCUUUAUCAUCUGGACUAUGCACGUACAAGACUCGCUACUGAUGCACAGGGAUAUUCUGUGGAUGGACAACGACAGUUUAAAGGAAUGCUUGAUGUUUACCGUAAAACAUUGUCAACCGAUGGAAUUGCAGGGCUUUAUCGAGGAUUUGGAGUAUCAAUUAUUGGAAUUACUCUUUAUCGGGGAUUGUACUUUGGAAUAUAUGACACGGUGAAGCCCCUUAUUCUGGUUGGGCCGCUUGGGGACAAUUUCUUUGCUAGCUUUUUCUUGGGUUGGGGGGUGACAACUGUUUCUGGAAUUUGUGCCUAUCCGUUUGAUACCUUGCGAAGGAGGAUGAUGCUUACAUCUGGGCAAUCUGUAAAAUACCGUAAUACAUUACAUGCAUUACGUGAGAUUAUUCAUCAUGAAGGGGUUUCUGCUCUCUUCCGGGGUGUCACUGCAAACAUCCUUUUGGGUGUAGCAGGGGCUGGAGUGCUGGCAGGCUAUGAUAAGUUGCACCGCAUCGCUUAUGGACAUGGCUAUAGGUUUGAAUCGCACCAUAAGCUAUGACACAGAAAUGUAUACGAUUCCUGCACCUGUACAGCUCCAGUAUUAUAUUAUUCGAAGUCGGUGAACGGAUUGAAGUUGUUGGAAGGAAAGAUUAAAGUUAAAUUUGUAGGAAAAUUAGUCUCAUUGAAUGUUCGUGCUGAUGCCCAUUAUUGAGGCUUCCUCAACUGUAUCAUAUGCAUAGUUUUACCAGACUUAUCAAUGGAAUUGCUUCGCGUUUAUCCCAAAGUGUACAAAUGCUUUCUUGUUCAUAUUAAUAUAAUCUUGCUAGUUCAUCCAGGGAA